AGGGAUUUGGCUUGAAUUUUGACCCCUUACACAAUCCAUUCUGCAGCUGACUGGGAGGGGAUUUAGUGAAUACUGCAUUGCAAGACAUGCCAUUCUCAUGUACGCUACAACCGCUCUGUCCCCCUCCCUUACUCGCUGGUAUACAGCUGCCUGUCUGUCCCCUGACCAGACUCUAUGGUGUGGUGUCUGUGAAUGUAGCAGCUCCAGUGUUUCGCGGAUCUGUCCCACAAUCAGCCAGUGUCUCACCUCUACUUGAUGAUGCCUAAGCUUUCAAUAUAAUAUGCGUGAGGAAUGCAGACAUGCUGUGGAUACAACAUAUACCACUACUGCUCUUUUUGACGUCCCCAUUUGUGACAUCCAGUUUAGUUACCCACGAUUACUGCGUGCUUGGUGCUGGUCCAGGGGGACUGCAGAUUGCAAGGUUCUUGGAGGAUUCUGGGAGAGACUAUAUUGUUCUUGAGCGCAAUCAGGUACCCGGGAGCUUUUUCCUUCAGUACCCCAGGCACCGCAAGCUGAUAAGUAUCAACAAAAGAUUCACAGGCAGAAGAAACACUGAGUUCAACCUCAGACAUGACUGGAACUCGCUGCUUAGUCAGAAAGGACACUUGCGCUUCGGCCACUACUCUCAGGAGUUUUUCCCUCAUGCUGAUGAUAUGGUAAAAUACCUGACGGAUUACAGUGUUGGUAUGAACGUGCGCUAUGGAGUCAAUAUCAGCCUUGUUAGAAUAGAACCUAAUGAUACGGUAUGGAAUGGUCAUUACUUCUUUCUGACUGAUCAGUCGAGGAUGGAAUUUCGCUGCAAUGUUCUUUUAGUGGCUUCUGGAUUAUCUCUACCAAACCGAGUGGACUUCCCUGGUUCGGAGUAUGUAGAAGGAUAUGAGAUGGUACCUGUUGACCCUCAGAAUUUCACAGGGCAGAGUGUGUUGAUCCUGGGUCGAGGAAACGCUGCCUUUGAAACAGCUGAGAACAUUCUAGGACACACUAACUUCAUACAUAUGCUGGGCCGUUCCAGGGUGCGCCUUUCCUGGGCCACCCAUUAUGUGGGAGAUCUUAGAGCUAUUAACAACGGUCUUCUGGACACAUACCAGCUUAAAUCACUGGAUGGACUGCUGGAGGGUGAUCUGGAGGAUUUGGCAUUAGUCCGUGAUAGAGAUGGAAAGCUGUAUGUGACUCAUAAGCACUACCUGAAAAACAGCAUAGGCACAAAAAAUCAAACUAACUCUCAUUCCCAUGGCAUGCCACAGGAUUAUAUGGAUAAUUUUGCAGCCCGGGAUCCAUAUGACCGGGUGAUUCGGUGUUUGGGGUGGAAAUUUGACUUUUCCAUUUUUGACAGUUCUGUCAAGUUAAAGGCAGCACCUGGGCAAAAGUAUAAAUAUCCUUUGUUAAAGGCCAACUAUGAAGCAAGGUAUACCCCGGGGCUGUUUGUGGUUGGCACUGCCAGUCAUAGCAUUGAUUUCCGUAAAUCUGCUGGUGGGUUCAUCCACGGCUUCCGUUAUACUGCUCGAUCAGUCCAUCGCCUCAUGGAGCAGCGUUACCACAACAUUCCUUGGAAAGCAUCCCGUCACCCUAUCUCCCAGCUGCUCAAUGUCCUUCUGAAACGUAUGAAUGAAGCAUCAGGUCUCUACCAGAUGUUUGGAGUCCUGGCUGAUGUGGUUCUACUUGGGGAGGACUCAAAAGACUUUGAGUAUUUGGAGGAAGUGCCUGCAGGAAUACUCCCCACGUUAGAGGAGAGCACAGGAAGAAAGUUUCAGAACACAGGGCUGUUUGUUCUGAUAAUGGAAUAUGGAAAGAACUUUUCUGGCCCAGAUAAAGAUGUCUUCCACUAUAACCGUGCAAUUGGAGAAGCAAGAGAAGCCUGGCGCUCCAACUUCCUGCAUCCCGUGGUGUAUUACUACGACAAACUACCAACAGAGCAAGAAAUGAAACUCCGCCCAGAGGACUGGCCUCUACCACGGCCUGUGCGGUUACAUCAUGUUGUAGAAGAUUUCCUUACAGACUGGACCGGACCAAAUGCCCAUGUUCUGCCACUCCGCCGCUUUCUGGAAAAUUCCCUUCUUACUGACCUCAGGGCAUUCUAUGCAGAAUCCUGCUUCCUCUUUACGUUGACACAACAAAAAGUGCCAAUCUUUUGUCAGCAGGGGUAUCUCCAGAACCAGGGACUUGUGGGUACAGAGCAGCUAAGGCAGCAUGCAAAGGAUGCAGGACUUCUACAGGAUUCUACAGGGAUCUAUCAAAAGACACAGGGUGAGAUGCCAAAAAACACAAAUGGAAGGGAUGAACUUUGACUUCUGAAGAAACUGAACAGCCUACCUUUAAGAUUUACUGCAAAGUGCCAAUUACUUGUCACAAUGACCAGAAGAAUUAUCAGCAAUUUAUGACUUUUUAACAUUUGGGGGCUGAUUUAUCAAAGAGUUUUUUUUUACCUCGCAUGAACUCAAAUGACAUCGAAACGCGAAUGGUAUCUCUAAUUGAUUGAGUUUCCGGUGGAAAAAAACUUGAAUCGAGUUCACAAUUUGAGUUUUCAGCCAAAAAAACCCUCCAAAAUCAAGCAACCUGUUAACCUCUUCAAAUGGUCCCAGGCACCUCUGCCAGUUACUUCUACAGAACCUUCGAGUCAAGCUUUUUCCAGGUGGAGAUAUAAUAAAUCCCGAAAAUUCGAUUUUUUUUUUAACCCAAAAAUGUUUUUGAGUUUUGACCAUAAAAUACAACUCGAAGACUCAAAUUUUCAUGGAAAAAACAUAAUAACUCCGGCCCUUGGGGGGACCGUGUUGUUUAGGCACAUAUUUGUAGAAUGCAGAACACAUUCCCCCUCUAUACACAGUGGGGCAAAUUUACUAACCUCCGAAAAUUCUCCAGGGACGGCUUCGCUCACAGCACAACAUUUCGCCAGGCGUAGAUUCGCCAGGACAAAGGUAAUUCACUAAAAAACAAAGUUUCAUCCAG